CGACCUCCUGGCAACGCUCUGUCGCCUCCCCUCCCCUCCCUCCUCUUCUCCCUCUCGCCCACUUCGCCUCUGCCUCCCGUCUUUGUCCCCUGUGGCUGCCCCCUCCCGCUUUUCUCCUUUGCCCCACAAACAUGCCGGCGAUCGGUGGCUUUGCUCCUGCUCAGCCAGUUCUCUCGUCAGAUCCCGAAGCCCGGGUUCUCCAGUUGGAGCAGCUUGUUGACCAAUUCCGCCUCGGCGAUGAAGAACAAACCGCCUUCGUAAGCCGACUGGACAAUGUUGAACAGCGCCUCGAGAGUCUCGUCAAGAGUCUGGACGCCUCGGGCCCCGGACUUUCGGAUACCUGUCACCGACUGAAGAUUGCCUCGAGCACGGUCGAUCAACUGCUCGAGCUGCGGACUGAGACCGACGGAAGCCAGCCACCUGCACGCGUCCAGCGAACGCUAGUUGACUCAUUCAUCCUGCCACGCGAUGCGGCCGGUCCGGGGGGCCCGGUCUCCGAUCUGGAUCGUGUUGUUGAGGGUUUGGCCGAAGUGGCCAAGCACUCGGAUGCGGUGAUGGAUGCCGCGGCGCCGCUUGCCAUCUGCCAGCAGCAUCUCGAAGUAGAGGAGCUGGCACACAAUGUCGCCUUCCUGCGCGAGACCACACAGGCGCUUGACCAGGCGAUUCUGGCCUCACUCGACCGCUACACGAGUCUGGUGGACCUGGCUAACAGCCUUUUUUCCAAUUGGCAAGCAAGCCAGGUGGCCUCGGGGGCCGGCGCCGCUCCGAGCACGUAAAUCGACCCCAGCAGGCUGUGCAUAGCACCUGCACCCCGGCAGUGCCAGGGGGGAAAAAUACAAACCAAAAACACA